AUGUUCUCCUUCUUUUAUUCGCGGGGAGCGUCAGGUAAGAAAGCUGGGUCCUACGCCUGCGAAACUUGUGAUAUACAGUGCAAGACAAACUACCAUUUGGAGCAGCACAAUCUUGGGAAACAACAUUUAGCCAAAGUGAAGGCUGCCGAGACGCUUGAGUCUACUGCAAAGACAGCACAACAGCCAGGGCCGAGAAUGACCGUAAUAGUCGUUGGAAAAGCCAGGAAACGAUAUCAAAUAUCGCAUGACAUUUUAUACGAUACUUCUCCAUAUUUUCGGGAACUUUGCGACAAUUGCGCCGAGUCAGUCCAGGAAUCCAGCUUCCGGAUAGAGGAGGAAUGUGAACAAUUUGGGAUCUUCAUCUAUUGCCUUAAAAAUCAGGAUUUGAAUAUUCCCACUCCCAUAGGGGUGGUGCCAGCAUUGCUAGAGCUAUAUUUCGUCGCAGCCAAAUAUCAAGUCAGCUUCUUGCAGGAUAGGAUCAUAGAUCACCUACUAAUUAUGAAGCGCUGUCUACAAGCAUGGGACAUUAAACGAUUGUACGAGAAGACGGAUGCUACUUCGAAACUACGUUGGCUUUGCGCUUGUGAUACCACGUUUCUUCUUCGUUCCUCAACGAAAGAAGUACCUGCUUCACAGGACUCAAUUGAGCAUAACUUGUUGAGAGCAGCAGAAGAAUGUCCCGAAUUUACAUUUGAUGUGUUCCGAGUUCAGCUGAUUUACAAUACCUGCAGUUGGCCGGGCACAUACAUGCAUGAUUUUCAUGCCUGCGAAUUCCAUUGCCAUGAGGCUGACAAGCUUUGCCAUCAUAUCAAUUUUGACGGAUUACCCAGACUUCCGGGUAGUUUCGUCGAUGCAAGAAAUUUGGAUGGAGCUUUGAGAGAUAGCUCAAAUGGGGGGUCUUGGGGAAAAGACGACACGAUCGAAAUGGCGCUGAGGGCAGCAUCAAGAAAUCAGUUAGAAGAAAGGUCGAAACGGGCAUUGUUAAAGACGAGGAGCCCAACUUAUUACAGGAAGAGAGAACAUAGAGUUAGCUCUUCAAUGAUGGGUUCAAAGUAUCAGUCGCCCGUAUCAGUCAGAAGAUUGACGGGAAAUAAUUGUUUCCUAAGUAAAAUCGUUUCAGCAGAACGUGAGCUUUGUCAAAAGAGGAUAGCGACUUCGUAUUGGAUAUAUAAGGAUGAUUGGAUCAGCUUCACUAUACUAUGGAAGAAAACAGGAGAGGAGAGGAAGAGACAGUAA